CCAAGCCAAACCAAGAGAAAGCCAUAAGUCCCAUCCCACCCAAACAUCCCCAAAUCGCCACCUCCUAAAGUGCCGUACACUGGUGCCUUUGACCGACUCACGCCAGAUCUUGAGAAUUGAAUCCCCUCCGCCCUUUCUCCCACCUUCUCUCUCUCCAAGCUCGGGUCAUCGGCGAACUCGAACCAAACCUGAUCAUUAUCCAUGGGCGUGCCCGCGUUUUAUCGGUGGGUGGCUGACCGGUAUCCUCAGUCUAUUGUUGACGUGGCCGAGGAGGAACCGGCUGGCGAGACUGGUGUCGACGUGUCGAAACCUAACCCCAAUGGCAUGGAGUUCGAUAACUUGUACUUGGACAUGAAUGGGAUCAUUCACCCUUGCUUCCACCCCGAUGGCAAGCCUCCACCUACCACCUAUGAUGAUGUAUUCAAAUCAAUAUUUGGUUAUAUCGACCAUCUCUUCUCAUUAGUUCGCCCAAGGAAGCUUCUUUAUUUGGCAAUCGAUGGGGUUGCCCCAAGAGCUAAAAUGAAUCAACAACGUUCUCGGCGUUUCAGAGCCGCAAAAGAUGCAUCUGAGGCAGAAGCUGAAGAGGAAAGGUUGAGGAAAGAAUAUGAGGAUGAGGGGAGAAGUUUGACCCCUAAAGAAAAGCCCGAAACUUCUGAUUCAAAUGUUAUCACUCCUGGAACUCAGUUUAUGGCAGUGCUUUCGGUAGCACUUCAGUACUAUAUACAAUCUAGGUUGAACCGCAACCGUGGUUGGCAGUAUACAAAGGUUAUUCUUUCUGAUUCAAAUGUCCCGGGUGAGGGUGAACACAAAAUCAUGUCAUACAUUCGAUUCCAGCGUGGCCUUCCUGGUUUCAAUCCAAACACCCGGCAUUGUCUAUAUGGUCUGGACGCGGAUCUGAUUAUGCUAUCAUUAGCUACACAUGAGGUUCAUUUUUCAGUAUUGAGAGAGGUGGUUACACUGCCCGGGCAUCAGGAAAAAUGUUUUCUAUGUGGUCAAGUUGGUCAUCUGGCUGCUGAAUGUCGUGGUAGGCCAGGUGAUAAAGCUAUAGAUCAGAAUGCAGUAGAUGAUGCCCCAAUUCACAAGAUGAAAUAUCAGUUCCUCAACUUAUGGGUUUUACGAGAAUAUCUGCAAUAUGAGUUGGACAUUCCCAACCCUCCAUUUCAGAUUAACUUUGAACGAAUUGUGGAUGAUUUUGUAUUUCUGUGCUUUUUCGUUGGUAAUGACUUUCUUCCACAUAUGCCGACAUUGGAGAUCAGGGAGGGGGCUAUAAAUUUACUGAUGCAUGUUUAUAGAACUGAGUUUGCUGCUAUGGGUGGUUAUCUUACUGAUGCGGGCGAGGUUUUUCUAGAUAAGGUAGAACAUUUUAUCCAGUGUGUUUCUGUUUAUGAAGAUCAAAUCUUUCAGAAGCGGGCUCGAAUUCAGCAGUCUUAUGAGAAUAACGAAGAGAUGAGACUUAGAUCGAGAAGGGAGUCUUCUGAACAGCUACAGGCACCAGUGGUAGACAAGGUCAAGCUGGGGGAGCCAGGAUACAAAGAAAGGUAUUAUGCCGAGAAAUUUAAUGUCUCAGACCUGGAGGAAAUUGACAAAAUUAAAAAAGACUUGGUUUUGAAGUAUGUGGAAGGUUUAUGUUGGGUCUGCCGGUAUUACUACCAAGGCGUUUGCUCCUGGCAAUGGUUUUAUCCUUACCAUUAUGCUCCUUUUGCAUCUGAUCUCAAAGAUCUUAUUGAUUUGGAAAUAACCUUUUUCUUGGGGGAGCCAUUUAAACCUUUUGAUCAGCUCAUGGGAACCCUGCCAGCAGCAAGUUCAAGUGCUCUGCCAGACAAAUACAGAAAGUUGAUGACUGACCCAUCAUCACCAAUACUUGAAUUCUAUCCUUCUGAAUUUGAGGUUGACAUGAAUGGCAAGCGCUUUGCAUGGCAGGGUGUUGUCAAGUUGCCAUUCAUUGAUGAGAAGAAGUUGGUUGCUGCAACAAGGAAGCUUGAAGUCACCUUAUCGGAGGAAGAGAAGGGUCGGAACAGUGUAAUGCUUGAUUUGCUUUAUGUACAUCCUGCUCAUCCUUUGGCUUCACAAAUUAUUCAGUAUUAUAGAAUAUGCUUUCAGUUAGACCUACACGAGAAAUUUGUUUGGCCAAUUGAUCAAAGUGCCAGUGGUGGAAUGAACGGUUACCUUUGGUUAUGUGAGAGAAACAAUAUAAAAAAUGUGGUCCCUUCCCCUGUAAAUGGAUUGCAAGACCUUGAUAAUAACCGAGUCAUAAAUGUAACAUUUCUUCAUCCUCGAAACCAUAGACACAUGACAGAACCUCCAAAGGACGUGGUCAUGCCAAAAAAGGUUUUAACACCCUUAGAUAUUAAACCAUUCCCUGUGUUAUGGCAUGAAGAAAAUAGUUUUCGGCGGCAUCAAGGCAGAGAAAGGCCACGAGUCCCUGGAGCAAUAGCGGGUCCAUUACUGGGAGAAGCAGCACAUCGCCUUGUAAAGAACACGCUUAACAUCAAAACUAAUGGUUCAUCCCCUGGAUAUUGGGAGCAAUCAUCAUAUCAGAACUUUUCAGGCAACCAUAUGGUCAACAGAACGAGGCCGGUUGGACCCUCUGGGUACCAAAGGGGCUUUACCGAAGACCCAAAUUAUUACCAAGGACACCACAAUAAUUUCCAAGGGAUGAUAGGUAGGCCUAGGUUGCACCUAUCAAAUGGUGUGCAAGGUGAAAGACAGAAUUUUAGGACACAAGAUAGAUCACAAUAUCAAGAACAGUCCCGCAAUCUGAGGGCUGGGGUAUCUGCUUUGACAAUAGAAGAAAGUGUGAGAACCAGACCACCUACAGUGAUGUCACCUAGACCAACUGCAAUGAUAUUACCGAGGAUGCCAAAUUUAGGACAUCCAACAAAUCUACCCAACCAGUUUAUGCAGAACACGGGGGCUCCUCCAACACCACCCCAAAAGUGGAUUAAUAAGUCACCGGCUGUAAAUGGUGAAAUAUAUACUAGACAACAAGAGAAUGCAUCUUGGGGAACAUAUGAGAAGCAGGUGAAGAAAGUUUAUCAGAUUAAAACUCGCAGUCCCGAGGAUAUGCCAGAUGCUGGAGACAGUCUCCAGGAUAUGUCAGGUUAUGAAAAUCAUCUCCAGGAUAGGUCAUAUUUUGGAAACAAUUUCCAGACAAUGCCAGGUUCUGGACAUCAGCAAUGAUGGUUGUGGGUUGGGUUGAUCCUGUCUGUUUUCAGUUUGAGGCAUCCCCAUGGCAGUAUUGUGCUUUUCAUUCUUUCUAUCCUAUCAGAAAAAGGUUUCAGCCAGUUGUUGGGAUUACAGAGAAGUGUCAUCUCCAAUUUGACGGUACAUGGAAACAUGUAGAGUCAAUUACAUUAUUCCCUUGGUAAGUUCCACCCAAUGAAUGGUGCAUGUUGGCACGUGAGCUGAUUAUAAAAUUUGAGCACAUGCAACAGAAAGGUUGGAACAAAUGCUUAAAACAUUUUCCUAGAUACUGGCUUUAUCAAUUGGAUGCUUAUUAGAGCUACACUAGGGAUUAGAUUAUUGCUCGGUUUUUAGAGGAGUUUGAAGUAGACUUGUUGAUCGUAGUUGAUAUAGCAUAGGAAGCACUAGUCUGAGUCUGUCAUUGGUAUUCUCUGUUCUCACUUUUUGUAAGGUGGUAAUCAAGCCAAAGCACGGAAUUGUACAUUUCAGUUGACAGAGAGACGGAAGAUGUAAUCAAUGUAUAAGCUGUCCAUUCUGGAUAAAUGAUGUAUUCAUUGAUUUAUGAUAUGAAAUUUCUUUCUGCCA